AACACAUAUCUCAAGCACCAGGCAGCAACAGUUCCAAACAUUCCAUUCCCUUAGUGUUCCACUGCCAGCAUAGUUGAGUUGUUUUCUGGGUGUGGUUCAUGCUACCGAACCACAGGAAUCAGCAUAAGGGGCCAGGGUGAGACCUGGGUCAGGGGACUUGAGGGCUCUGCUUGCUGGGGGAAGAAUGAAGAAGAGCAAGGCCUCCACCUCCAGAAGGUCAGAGAUCCAGAACAUCUACCAGUGCUACUCCUCCGGAAGGAAUACUCUGGCCGCCUCCGCUCUCCUCAGGUUCCUACACAUGGAGCAGAUGGAGGCAGCAGCCAAUCAGGAGACAGCGGAGGGCUUGAUUGACAGAUAUGAGAUUGAGGAGACAGCUAGAGAGAACAGAACCAUGACAUUCGAGGGAUUCUACAGAUACAUGGAGUCUAAAGACUGUAGUGUGUUUGACCAGAUGCACACGUCUGUGUACCAGGAUAUGGACCAGCCUCUGUGUCACUACUUCAUCUCGUCUUCUCACAACACCUACCUCAUCGGGGACCAGCUGGUUGGCAAGAGCACCCUGGAUGCCUAUGUCAGUGCACUGAGGAGAGGCUGUCGUUGUCUGGAGAUUGACUGCUGGGACGGUCCUAGUACAGAGCCUAUAGUCUACCAUGGUCACACUCUGACCAGCAAGAUCCUGUUCAAGGAUGUCAUCACUACCGUGGAGCAACAUGCCUUCGAGGUGUCUCCAUACCCAGUGAUCCUGUCUCUGGAGAACCACUGUACCCCGACUCAGCAGGAUGUCAUGGCCCAGUACCUCACCUCUAUCCUGGGGGAAAAACUGCUGGCCACCAGCCUGGAUCUCACCAAUCAGCCUGGACAACUGCCCAGUCCUAACGAGCUGAAAUACAAGAUCCUGAUUAAGAACAAAAAGCUCAGUCCUCAGAGUGAGACAGAGACAGAGGACACGAGAGAGACAGGCUCAGAGGACAGGAGAGAGACAGGCUCAGAGGACAGGAGAGAGAGAGACUCAGAGGACAGGAGAGAGAGAGACUCAGAGGACAGGAGAGAGAGAGACUCAGAGGGGGAAGAAAGUGAGGAAGAGGAUGACGAUGAUGAUGAUGAUGAGGAAGAGGAGCCUAAUCUCAAAACAAAGCACCAUUCCAAGUUGAAACGGUCAGGGAAGAAAAAGAGGAAGAAGGCAGCAGUAGUUGCUGAGUCUCUAUCUAAGCUGGUGGUCUACACCAAGUCAGUGAAGUUCCACAGCUUCAACCAUGCCAGAGAACACCAGCAGUACUAUGAGAACAGCUCUCUGGGGGAGAAGAAGGCUCACAAGCUGGUCAAGACCUCAGCUCCAGAUUUCGUCCGGCACAACAUGGCUUUCAUCACCAGGAUCUACCCGGCAGGUUCUAGAACCCUGUCCUCCAACUACAACCCUCAGGGGUUCUGGAACGUGGGCUCUCAGCUGGUGGCUCUGAACUUCCAGUCGUUGGGCCUGCCCAUGGAUCUGAACAACGGGCGUUUCCAGGACAACGGUGGCUGUGGUUACGUCCUCAAACCCCUCUUCCUCAGAGUUAAUCAGUGGGGCUUUAAUCCAAACAGUUACCUUCACAACCUGAAGCCAGCACACCUACUGCUGAAGGUCAUCAGUGGCUCCAACCUGCCUGUCCCACGGAGCGGCAAGGCCCUGGACCCCUUCGUACGCGUGGAGAUCCACAGUGUCCAGUCAGACUCCUGCAGGAGACACACAGACACUGUCAGACACAACUCUCUGAGCCCUCGGUGGGACUCGGCCAUGAACUUCACCAUCUCUGUCCCUGACCUCAGCCUCAUCCGCUUCACUGUAAGAGACCAGACAGGACUCACCUCUGAGUUUAUAGGACAGUACACCAUCCCCUUUAUCAGCAUGAAGAAAGGGUACCGCUGGGUUCCUCUCCUGUCUAGAGAGGGCUACAGCCUGGAUCCAGCUUCUCUCUUCAUUUUCAUCUGGUACUCCUAGAACCUUCCUUGCACCUCCCUAAGAACCUCUCCUUCUGAUAACUUCUCCUUCUUAGAGCUUCUCCUUCUCCAGGCCUAACCAUUGCAUCUCAGCCUGGAUUCAGCAUCUCUUCAUCUUCGUCUGCUACUUCU